UGAUAUCUCUUUAUCUAUUCUCCCGCGAAAUGCAGCAAUCUUUGGACUUUGGGUAGUGAAGCAGAGAGGGGGCAAAUGGCUUUCUUAUUGUCAGCGAAUGGAACCAUCCUAUUUGCUCCUACUUUCCCAUCCUCCAAGCGCCUUCUUCCUUACUGCUCCCCCUCUUAUUCUCUCUCGCAUCCUCGCGUCAUCAUCAUCUCUGCCUCUUCGUCCUCCACAACCGAGACCCUUCCGCAUCUGCAAGUCGGCGACCCCAAUAACGGCUUACCUUCAGCCGCCACCGCUAGAUGGUCCGAAUUUUCUAGAAAUGUGUCUGGUGAAUGGGAUGGCUAUGGAGCAUAUUUCUCAACCGAUGGUAAGCCAAUUGAACUUCCAGAAUCUGUUGUUCCCGAAGCUUUCAGGGAGUGGGAAGUUAAGGUGUUUGAUUGGCAGACUCAGUGCCCAACUCUUGCGCAACCGGAGGAGCUUCUAGUUACAUACAAACUGAUAAAGCUGCUUCCUACUGUUGGUUGUGAAGCUGAUGCUGCCACACAAUAUAGCAUUGAUGAAAGGAAAAUUGGAGGUAGUGAUAAUAGAAUUUCUGCCUUUGCAUAUCAAUCUAGCGGAUGUUAUGUGGCUGUGUGGCUGAUGGAGAAUCCACAAAUUGAUGGGACAUCUAGUUUACUGGAGUUAGAGCACUGUUUGGUGGAUCCUAAAAAUCGUGAGUCGCGCGUGAGGAUAAUUCAGUCUGUUCGUGUUGAUAACACAAAGAUGGUGCUGCAGAAUGUCAAAGUUUUUCGUGAGCAGUGGUAUGGGCCUUUCCGGAAUGGGGAACAGCUUGGUGGAUGUGCUGUUCAUGAAUCUGGAUUUGCUUCAACAGACACAAUGAAAGGUUCAGAAAUUAAUGGUGUUUGGCAGGGCCCUGUUUCUGUUGCCAGAUUCCAAAGUUCUGAAGCUUGUUUAAUCUUCUGUGUAAAAUUGCCUCAAGUCACCACCAGCAACUGAUGAACAUGAAUUUUGAAUAUCUGAUGCAAAUAAUUUUUAAGUGCAUUGUUUGGUCUCUCUCUAUUCUGGACUAACCUUGAUUACCCCAGAAUAUAUUUCAAGAAUUUACAGAUGAGAGUGUGCAGAAGUUGGUAAGAGAUGAACGUGAUAUCAUAUUUCUGCCGAAGCAAUUGUGGUGUUCAUUAAAUGAAGCGGUUGGUGGUGAAACAUGUGGUGAGGUGGGAUGGAUGUUAGAUAGUGGGCAUGCUAUCACAUCAAGAUGUGUUUUCUCAAGCGAUGCAAAGUUGAAGGCAAGUCAAUGUGUGGAUUUUUAUUUUUGCUCCCUUUUAUUUCUAAUCAGUGUGCUACUGACCGAAUAUCUGAUGGGAAAAUCUGACAAUUACUGAUGAGACUUUAAAAAUGCAAACUUUUUAACCUAGCUUCAUGCAAUGUGAGAUAUGCAUGCGUGUACCACUGACCUCCAAAAUCUAGCCUCAUUCAAUAUUUUUAUUCAACUUCCUUACUGAAUAACUUAAUGUAUAUGCAUAAUUAUCCAUUCAA